GCAACCUGUAAUCUCGCGCCCCUAAUCCGUAUUAUUACGUAAACGGGCUGCCACAUUCACGGCGUGAUGGCAGAAUGGGAAGAACAGGAACACGUCCAGUUCAGUUUUAGGGAGCACUCAAGCAUUAUUGCAAGAUUGUUAUCACUAGUAACGUUACUUGACUAACCGUCAUGCCAUAUAAAGAGAAAAGUAGCCUUUUUUAUCGUGUCAGAUAUUGACAGGCGUUUGUUCACAGUGAAACAAGGUAUAACAGAAACUGUAGCAUAUAGUUGACUUUACUGUAACAGUUAAACAUUUUUACACAACUGUAUUCUGACAAUGAUAGCAUUUCCCCCCCGACAUUUUGCAAUCAGAUUGCAAGCACGUGAGAAAUCAUUUCCGCUUGAUGGGCUAGCAACCACUGCCCCUGGCCACCCCUGUGUAUGGUAUGUACGAUACGACUCAUUACAAAUAAAUAACCGUUAGCAAAACUUGGCUCUGGUUACAUGACCGCCGCGACUCCUUACUAAUGUUUUUGUAAUUUCCUUUUUUAAAUUAAUAUAUUUUAACGUUACACGUUUGUAAACCAAAUUGUGACUUUUAAUGUAAUUAACAUUGCUAACGUUACUUCGUUCACCAACGUCACUGUCAUAAUAGCUGGUUAAUUUAGGAUAGUUUUGCAGUAACAGCUCAUUGAACUCCCCACGAUCCCUAUUCCUGAAUAGUGAAUACAAUGCUGGUCAACAGUAACCACGUCGCCUUUAUAAUAACCUAACAACUAGCAAGACUUACCUCUGUCACAAGUUUUUGGUGAGCAAUAAUCUAUGGCAACAAACAGACAGCGGUCCCUGAACUGCGCAAUUGUAGUCAUGUUGCUUUCAAUUGCUCCUCGUUAAUUUCCCCAUUUUCAGUUAGGAAAUCGCAAAACAAUGUCACUCUUUAGCACUUUAUUUAAAUUACCUUCGGGUAACUAUAAGGUUGUAUUUCCUACAGCAAGUAAAAGCAGCAUACCUAUUGUCCCCACAAGAGGAAGCUAUUUAAAGGACAUAAUCAGCGGAGUGAAGUCUAUUAUACAUGUAUCACUCACUCUGAUGUCAUGUUUGAUUAAUCAUAUUUGAGUAACUGAGUAUCACUUCCAUGACAGCUAAAAGAAUAUACUCCAUAAAUAGUAAAUUGUACUGCUACAAAAGCCAAAGGGGAAGUCGCUUUGGUGGGGCAUCAUGCAUUAAUACUGAGAGAGCGAGGGAGCAAAUGAGCAAGAGAGAGAGAAAGGAAGUUUGUCUUCCUCUCUCAUCACUGGUGGAUCUCACACUUCACCUCUACAACAACCAAGUGAUCAAACAUGGCGGAAAUGUAAAAGUAAGAUGUUGAGUCCAUCGAGUUCAGCCCAGAAGAACCUCGGUGAAGAGGACAGCUCUGGAUCUGAUGCAGGGUCAGAGGUUGGUCUGGAACCUGAGACGGACCGAUUUGGCUUCAUUGUGACCAAUGGAUCCACAGCUGGGAGUGUGGGCCCACCACCUGAGCUGGUCAGGCAGAGGGAGGCCAAAUGGAUAAACAUCAUUGGCCAAUGGGAUCGCAUCUUGUUGAAGAAGACCAGUAAGGUCAAAGUGCAGUGUCAGAAAGGCAUCCCAGCCUCACUCAGAGCGAAGUGCUGGCCUCUGCUGUGUGGAGCGACUGACAGGAUGAAACAAAACGAAAACCUCUACCAGUCUCUAGACUCACAGCCCACUCUGCAGAGCUGGGUGGAUGUGAUCGAGAGAGACCUGGACCGACAGUUCCCUUUCCAUGAAAUGUUUCUUUCCAAGGAUGGACAUGGGCAGCGUGGUUUGUUUCGGGUGUUGAAAGCCUACACUCAGUACCAACCAGAAGAGGGUUACUGCCAGGCACAGGGGCCUGUGACUGCAGUGCUGCUGAUGAACAUGCCUGCUGAGGAGGCCUUCUGGUGUCUGGUGCAGAUCAGUGAGCAGUACCUGCCCGGAUACUAUAGCCCUCUGCUGGAGGGAGUCCUGUUUGACGCAGCCAUGCUAACCUGGGUCUUGAAAAGGACGUGUCCAGCUGCACACAAACACCUGCAGCACCACGAAGUGGAGCCCCUCAUGUUCGCCACUGACUGGCUGAUGUGUCUCUUCACACGUCACCUGCCCUUCAACACACUGCUCAGAGUCUGGGACCUCUUUUUCUGCUAUGGGGUACGGGUGCUGCUCCAGGUAGCGGUGGUGCUGGUGCGUCGGGUACUGGGCCGGGCUGAGCAGAGGAAGCAGUGUCAGGGUCAGAUGGAGACUCUGGAGAGGCUGAGGGGCGUCAGGGAGCAGGUGCAAGAGGAAGACGACACCUUCAUAGCAGAGGUGUGUUCGGUGCAGCUGUCAGCCAGAGAUCUGGAGAAGCAGACGGAGAAGGAGUUAGUAAAGUGGAGGAAAGACAGACCUUCAUCCACGUUUGACCCCCGACGUCGCUGCCAGGGAUACCGGAUGGCAUGGGCAAGGGCUCGGCAGAGCGAGGAGGAACGUGACAGGAAAGAGAGAGAGAAAGGAAACCUGUCCGUCCCUCUCGCUCGCUCGGCCUCCACCCUCUCGCUGUCCCCCUCCCUCCUUCACAAGAGGUGGAGGAAAGGGGGAAAGGUUAACACAAGCGAAUGGGAAGGCGGCGGCAAAGUUGUAAGGCAUCUCUCAAUGGGAGCAAAGGAGGACUGGAGGAGCUGGGCAGAGUUGGAUUUUAAGAAGGUGCAGGGCGUUCAGGAAGAGGAGGACGUCGUUUCAGAGGAGCAUAAAAAACAGCCAAAACUAACAGGACAAACAGAAAAGAAAGAAUUUUUAGAAGGACCUAAAGAGAUAGACAAAAUCCAAACCAUACCAACAGAGCAGGUCGAAGAAACAGUCAUAGUAAAAGAACAGAUUGAACAAGUGGAAAAGAGAGUCACUGAAAAGGAGAAAAGCCAUCUCAAAGAGACAGAUGAAGGCAAAAUGCUUUCUGAGCAGACAGAAGAAACAAAUAUGGACGCGGAACCAACCCAAUAUCCAGACAAAGAUCAGACUGUUGAAAAUAUUCCUCAGCCCAUUGAGGAAACCGCUGACCACAAACCGAGAGAGGAGCUGAACUCCUGCAGCCAGUCACAAGUCCUGGAACAGCAGAGUCACCAAAGCGAGGACCCGGAAAUUAAGGACAAAGAGACAAAUACAGAGACGGAAAAACAAGUGUCAGAAAGUGAACAUUCAGCUGCUGUGGAGGAAAAUCAGACUGAGACACAGUCACAAGUCCUGGAACAGCAGAGUCACCAAAGCGAGGACCAGGAAAUUAAGGACAAAGAGACAAAUACAGAGACGGAAAAACAAGUGUCAGAAAGUGAACAUUCAGCUGCUGUGGAGGAAAAUCAGACUGAGACACAGUCACAAGUCCUGGAACAGCAGAGUCACCAAAGCGAGGACCAGGAAAUUAAGGACAAAGAGACAAAUACAGAGACGGAAAAACAAGUGUCAGAAAGUGAACAUUCAGCUGCUGUGGAGGAAAAUCAGACUGAGACACAGUCACAAGUCCUGGAACAGCAGAGUCACCAAAGCGAGGACCAGGAAAUUAAGGACAAAGAGACAAAUACAGAGACGGAAAAACAAGUGUCAGAAAGUGAACAUUCAGCUGCUGUGGAGGAAAAUCAGACUGAGACACAGUCACAAGUCCUGGAACAGCAGAGUCACCAAAGCGAGGACCAGGAAAUUAAGGACAAAGAGACAAAUACAGAGACGGAAAAACAAGUGUCAGAAAGUGAACAUUCAGCUGCUGUGGAGGAAAAUCAGACUGAGACACAGUCACAAGUCCUGGAACAGCAGAGUCACCAAAGCGAGGACCAGGAAAUUAAGGACAAAGAGACAAAUACAGAGACGGAAAAACAAGUGUCAGAAAGUGAACAUUCAGCUGCUGUGGAGGAAAAUCAGACUGAGACACAGUCACAAGUCCUGGAACAGCAGAGUCACCAAAGCGAGGACCAGGAAAUUAAGGACAAAGAGACAAAUACAGAGACGGAAAAACAAGUGUCAGAAAGUGAACAUUCAGCUGCUGUGGAGGAAAAUCAGACUGAGACACAGUCACAAGUCCUGGAACAGCAGAGUCACCAAAGCGAGGACCAGGAAAUUAAGGACAAAGAGACAAAUACAGAGACGGAAAAACAAGUGUCAGAAAGUGAACAUUCAGCUGCUGUGGAGGAAAAUCAGACUGAGACACAGUCACAAGUCCUGGAACAGCAGAGUCACCAAAGCGAGGACCAGGAAAUUAAGGACAAAGAGACAAAUACAGAGACGGAAAAACAAGUGUCAGAAAGUGAACAUUCAGCUGCUGUGGAGGAAAAUCAGACUGAGACACAGAAAGAUGCCAGUGCAAACACAGCGCUGAAGAUGGAAGUAGGUGUACACACAAACAAGGAACUGACAAUUCUGGCUGAUGUGAAACCAGAGGAGAGCACAGAAACUGAAAGUGUGCAAAGGAUGCAGGUGGACACGGUCACAGAAGUCUCUGAAACAACCACUGAGGCAAGCCCAGGCUCAGAGACGGUCAGUGUCGUCAUAGCUCCACCUGUCACAGAUCCUACAGCAGAGACGGAGGCACAAGAGCAACAGCAACAAGUGAUCCCUGAGAGAGAAGAAAGCUCACAGGGAGAAGAAUUUGAAGGAAAAUGCCACAGCACUGAGUCAUUAGCAGAAACAGACAUGAAAGAAGAGUCCCACACCCAUACAGAGACAGAAACUGAUGUGCUGGCACAGGCUCAAGCACAGGCAGAGGAAAAUGCAGCCACACAGGACAAAUUGGAGGCUGAAAUAGUACAAAUAGAUUCAAAACAGCACAUAGAUUUAAAGACAGAAGCAGAAACACCGUGUUCACCUCAAUCUAUUCAACCACAAGAAGGCACUGACUUAGCAGCAGAUACAGAGACUGAAGCAGAAGUAUCAGUUGCAAACGACGUAGCGACAGAGUCAAGUGAAGCUUUUGCACAAUGUCCAGAGGAGCAGCGUGAUGCAGCAGCACCUCAACCUACACAGGAAGUAGGAGAAAUUAUUUUGACAACACGCUCAGUGGCACAGGUUGACAAUGAUCAAACAGCAACAGAAACUCAGCUGAAUGAGGAAACUCAUUCUGACUCAAUAGCACCUCCACAGAAAGAGGGGACUUCAUCACAGGCUGAGGCAAUGAAUCUCACCACCGAGCCUGAUGGGAAGGCGAGUUCAGUAGAAACAACUACCUCUGGGGAACCUGAAGAAACAAAGGUCACAGUGGGCGCCGCGGAGGUGGAAGAAAGCACAGAAAAUGUUGAAGAAAACAAAGUAGGAGAGGACGACGUCUUCAUUUCUACUGAACCAACAGACUCUGCAAAUACUGACAGCAACCCACAAGUCCAAGAGAGAGAUUCUCACCAGACUGAGCCGAGUAACAGCGGCCAGACACAACUGUCUGGGCGACGCAGCAGUCGGUCUUCUGGGGAUUUCUGCGUCCGCAAGUCAUCCAGCUCCCGUGGGUCCAGGUUAGGGCGUAGGCUCUCUGAAGAUCUCUUCACCAUGCCACAGAAGACUAGCCAGUCACAAGCUAUCCCUAAUCAGCCAGAAGUUGAAGCACAGUCCAGUCCUGGAGCUGUAAACCCAAACCUAACUCCACCUGAAGUCACCUCAUUAUUGUCUGCAGAGGUGACCGAGAGGACAGCGGUACAGCAGCAGCAGCAGCCACCGCCUGACCCCCCUAAACGUUUUGGUCUCUUUCGCAGACUGAGAGGAGAGCAGCCCAAAAAGGCCAAGGGGACACCCAAAAUGCAAGUCCCCAAAAUCUUGAUUCAGGACUUCAGUGACGGAACAGAGACGGGAAAACCAGUUGAGGAGGAAGGGGGGGAGAAAGUGAGCUCCAGGGAAAGGAGGAGGCGGCGGAGGGAGCAAGAGAGAAGGCAGAAAGAGGAGGAGAGGUUGAGAAAGAAGAGAGAGAAAGAGGAGGAGAAGGAAAAGGAGCGAGAGAGGAGGAAACCGCAGACAAGGGGAAAAAGUUUCCAGGUGCAAAGAGAUAAAGGGAGCAGUGAUGCGCCUGAACCUGCAAAGACUGGAUCACAGACGCUUAGAUAUUCUGCUUCUUGUGCUGAAUCUUAUUUUUGACAAAAACAAAUCUUUUUUAAAUCAGAUGUAAGUGGGGGGGGGGAGGAGGGAAGAGGUGUUUUAAAAAGAAUCCUGUCUCGUUGUCCUUUCUGUUCAGGCUCCACGUUGGUUGAUGUCCCUCAUCCUAAAUCUUUUUCAUACUUGAACAUUUUGACAUGUAAAUAAAUAAUAAAUGUUUACAUACCUUGAAAAAAAUACAU